AUGGACCCGUCUGCUACUACAGCCCUGCAGGCAAACGGCACACUCCACCAGCUGAGCACCCUCUCUCCUGUCAUCCCCAGGGUAGUCUCCAUAGUUACCAGCCUGGUCUCAGCCACCACAGAGGGGAUAGCGGUGACCCAGGGGAACCGGUCCGACCCGCGCAAUGACCUGAGCACCAUGCGCCACCCACCCACCCCUUCUGUCCUGAGCGCGGUCGAAACCAACUCCAUCCUCCGGGGUAUCGCCGUGGCAGCGCAGGCCCUCAUCCUCCUCUCCAUCUUCCUCCUGUCCAGCCUGGGAAACUCCGCCGUGGUCAUCGUCAUCAUCAAGCACAGGCAACUCCGCACGGUGACCAACGCUUUCAUAAUGUCGCUCUCUCUGUCCGAUUUCCUCACGGCUGUGCUCUGCCUGCCCUUUUCCUUUGUGAUGCUUUUCAGUAAAGACGGCAUAUGGAUGUUCGGAGACCGUUUUUGUGUCGCCAACGGAUACUACGCCAUCGUGAGGCAGCCCCAAGCAAAGAUAGGGAGGCAGAAAGCAACCCAGCUCUUGAUAGCGGUUUGGUUAACUGCGGUCAUAUUUUCGCUGCCUUGUCCGGGCAAAGGCGGCGGAGGAGGAGGCGGCGGUGGAGAGGUGGCUAUGUGGGCGUGUAAAAACCCUGCAGUGUUCUUCUGCCGAGACGCGCAGCCUGACACGGCCACUGUAGCCAACUCGGUGAGCGGUCCCAAGAACAAGACCCCGGACACCAGCCUGUGA